UAUUUCUUCUAGCUCCACACGGGCAACACGUGUGCUUUUUUACUAGAAAUGGAAACGGCUCCUACGUGGAACUCUAACCACGUCAAUUAAAAAUGUUUCAAAUCGCUUCCUUGCGAGAAACGGUUGGUUCCCUUUACCCGUUCAAUUUUCCACAGUAUCCGAGCUUCACUCUCUCUCUCUCUCUCUCUCUCUCUCUCACAGACUCAGAAUCCGAUUGAGAUGGCAACAAGCACUACUUCUCCUUCAUUCACCUUCUCCAAAUCUGAUUUACCCUUCUCAAAUCCGAGAAAGGAAGGUAGAAUCCCAAUAUCCACCCAUUUCGACAAAACCCAUCUCCUCAAAAUCGUUUCGUCCGGAUUCCCGCCACUUCAUCGGUCCCAUUUGAAUGGGUAUCGCUCCCAAAUCCCAUCAUCUACCCAUUUGAACAAAACCUAUCUUCUCAAAAUCGUUUCUUCGGGAUUCCCGCCCCCUCACCGGUCCCAGUUGGAUGGGUACCGCUACCAAAUCCCAUCAUCUACCCAUUUCAACAGAAACCAUCUCAAAAUCGUUUCGUCGGGUUUCCGGCCACUUCGCCGGUCCAAUUCGAAUGGGCAUCUCUCCGUUUCGUGCUCUGCCGCUUCUUUGGUGGACCCAAGUGAAGGAAAGAGCUUCUCUGCUCCGAUCUCCACGACAGACAGCCCAGAAGUCGAAGUUCGCACCACCACAUGGGACUGGCGAGGUUAUCAUAUCCGCUAUCAGUUUGCUGGAAAUAGUGGUCCUGCAUUAGUUCUAGUUCAUGGUUUUGGGGCAAAUAGUGACCAUUGGAGGAAAAACAUUCCUUUCCUUGCAAAAUCGCACAGGGUUUAUUCCAUUGAUCUUAUUGGUUAUGGUUAUUCAGACAAACCAAACCCACGUGAGUUUCCGAUCAACUCAUUUUAUACGUUCGAGACUUGGGCUACUCAGUUGAAUGAGUUUUGUGUUGAUGUGGUCAAAGAUGAAGCAUUCUUUAUAUGUAACUCUAUUGGAGGAGUAGUUGGUCUUCAAGCAGCCAUUAUGGAGCCUCAGAUCUGCAAGGGCAUUCUCCUUCUAAACAUAUCCCUACGUAUGCUUCAUAUAAAGAAGCAGCCUUGGUAUGGAAGGCCUUUUAUUCGAUCAUUUCAGAGUCUGUUAAGGAAUACAGUUGUGGGGCAACUCUUCUACAAAGCUGUUGCCACUCCAAAAUCUGUGAGAAGUAUUCUUUGUCAGUGUUACUAUGACACUUCCAAGGUAACAGAUGAGCUCGUUCAGAAGAUACUACUGCCGGGACUGGAACCUGGAGCUGUCGAUGUGUUUCUUGAUUUCAUUUGCUACUCAGGUGGUCCUCUGCCUGACGAACUGCUCACUCAAGUUAAGUGCCCGGUUCUAGUGGCAUGGGGAGACAAGGACCCGUGGGAGCCAAUCAAGCUUGGAAAAGCAUAUGGCGAUUUUGAUGCAGUAGAAGAUUUUAUCGUCCUUCCUAACGUUGGCCAUUGCCCCCAGGACGAGGCACCAGAUCUGGUGAACCCACUUGUUGAAUCAUUCGUGGCACGUCAUGCCAUGGCGAAAGCUAAUGCUAACCCAAGAACUAUAUGAUAACUAAGGUUGUAGCUUGCCCCAGCACCUUUCUUCUCUUUGAAUCCCAAGACCACUGCCUAUUCAGAUUAUCCUUGGUCAUCACCCAAAGAAAGUUAAAUACUAAGGACUUUCAUCAUGCUUAAUUUAAUUCGAUUCUUUAUCAUUAGCAGUGAAAUUGAUUCCGUUGAAAAGCUUCUUAUGUGGGCAGUCAUUGAAAUGUCUUGUUUACCAACACCAGUGUUGGUGAGUGCAUUCUUAUACAUGCAAUGAGAAUAUCCUCUCUACAAGGUUCAAAAGCUUGGAUUUAGAGUUUGGAGUCAGCUGCAUCUUGAGUCUGAGCCAACUUCCGAAAUGGGUACUCUUGACUAUUCUUGAUGAUCAUUUUCUAUGUGCUAAGACCAGGCUAUUGCACUCGCAGUUGUAAAUUCUUCUAUUUUGUAUCCUUUUCUUCUACCUGGGUAUAAUACAGAGCGGCCAUCAAACACUUCACACUGGGAUUUAGUCCUGAUGAACAGAAUAUCUCUAUUUUUGUA